AUGGGGCAAAUAAUCUCUUUGCGUGUCAACUACAAUGUCGAUGAAUUAACGACUAUAAAACGAGAACUGAAUUACAGAAUUUCUGUUCAAUCAGCAAAGCUGCUUCGCCUUCUGAAGCAGAAAGACAGGCUUGUACGUAACGUCCAGAAGCACUGCGACAUUGUCACCGCUUGUUUACAGGCGGUUUCCCAGAAACGACGGGUUGAUACAAAAUUGAAAUUCACUCUUGAACCAUCUUUAGGUCAAAAUGGUUUUCAGCAGUGGCAUGAUGCGCUUAAAGCAGUGGCCAGGUUGCCGACAGGCAUACCGAAAGAAUGGCGGAGAAAGGUUUGGCUGACCUUGGCUGAUCAGUACUUACACAGUAUAGCCAUUGACUGGGAUAAAACAAUGCGUUUCACAUUCAACGAAAGAAGUAAUCCUGAUGAUGACUCUAUGGGCAUCCAGAUAGUAAAGGACCUUCACCGAACUGGUUGCAGUUCUUACUGUGGCCAGGAGGCAGAGCAAGAUCGAGUGGUAUUAAAACGCGUUUUGCUGGCUUAUGCCAGGUGGAAUAAAUCUGUUGGUUAUUGUCAAGGAUUUAACAUAUUAGCUGCACUUAUUCUGGAAGUAAUGGAGGGCAAUGAAGGGGAUGCCCUGAAAAUCAUGAUUUACCUAAUUGAUAAGGUGCUUCCUGAUAGCUAUUUUGUCAAUAAUCUCCGCGCUCUCUCUGUGGAUAUGGCUGUUUUCCGAGAUCUUUUACGAAUGAAGCUUCCUGAACUGUCCCAGCACUUAGACACCCUGCAAAGAGCUGCUAACAGAGAAAGUGGAGGAGGCUACGAACCCCCACUUACAAAUGUCUUCACAAUGCAGUGGUUUCUGACCCUCUUUGCCACUUGCCUGCCUAACCAUACAGUUCUGAAGAUCUGGGAUUCAGUAUUCUUUGAAGGCUCUGAAAUUAUACUGAGAGUAGCUUUGGCUAUCUGGGCAAAGUUAGGCGAGCAAAUAGAGUGUUGUGAAACUGCGGAUGAGUUUUACAGUACCAUGGGCAAGCUGACCCAGGAGAUGCUGGAAGACAGUCUGAUUGGCAGCAAUGAACUCAUGCAGACUGUUUAUACCAUGGCUCAGUUUCCCUUUCCACAACUGGCAGAAUUAAGGGAAAAAUACACAUACAACAUCACUCCUUUCCCAGCAGCAGUAAAAUCAACUUCACUUUCAGGAAGGCUAGGUAGAGCUAGAGACAGUGAUGAGGAGAAUGACCUAGAUGAUGAAGACUCAAUUGCCAAUGCCAUUGGCUGUCUUGGACCAUUAAGUGGGUUUUUGGUACCAGAGCUCCAAAAAUACCAAAAACAGAUGAAAGAUCAGAAUGAAGAACAAAGUCUGGGUUCCAGUAACAUUGCAGAAUUAAGCCCAGGAGCAAUAGACUCUUGCCGAAGCGAGUACCAUGCUGCUUUUAACAGCAUGAUGAUGGAGCGUAUGACCACAGAUAUUAAUGCACUGAAAAAGCAAUAUUCCAGGAUAAAGAAGAAACAGCAACAGCAGGUUCACCAUGUGUAUAUCAGAGCAGGAUCUGAAGAUGACAACCCUGGGAUUUUUUUAGGUCCCGGGGACCAGCUGAACAAUGACAAAGGGCCGGUUACCAGCCUCCUCCCUUCUCAGGUAAACCAUUCCCCGGUGAUAAACCACCUCCUUUUAGGAAAGAAGAUGAAACUGAGUAACAGGUCACUCAGAAAUGCUGUUAUUCACAUCCCAAGUCAUGCUACAGGGAAGAUGUCCCCUGUUCCACAAGAAGAUCUUAAAACAAAACUGAACUCUCCAUGGCGCACUCACAUACGAGUUCAUCGAAAGAAUAUUGCUAGGGCCAAAGGCCAGCUGGGCUAUGGGGAUACCAUAGGACUAAUAGAUGAGCAGAGCGAGAGCUGUAAAACAAACAGUCCUGGAGCAAAGGAGGAGACUUCCAAACGUUCUGACUUUGGAGAAGGAGGUGGUUUGGAUGACAGGACUGCUCGAGAAGCUGACCGGCACUCGCCUGAGCCAGUCUCUACGGACAGCAGUACAAACAUGUCGGUGGUUCAGCUCAAACUGGAAGCGCUGGAACUCACCUCAGAUAACAAAACCGAUGCUGAGUCAACAUCCCAUCAGCCCGGCCAGCCACGUUUGUCAGAGUACUCCAGCUCUUCCAGCGACAGUGGAAACCUGGCUAAAUCUCCCCAGCCUGGGAACCCAAAGCCACAAGUCUUCAAUCCCUUUCCCAGCGUCAAGCCUCUUCGAAAGUCAGCUACAGCCAGGAAUUUAGGGCUGUAUGGCCCCACUGAAAGAACCCCAACUGUGCACUUCCCACAGAUGAGCAGAAGUUUCAGUAAGUCUGCCAGUGGCAACAGUGGGACCAGGAAACGAUGA